AUGGCUGGCCAUGCGGCCAAACGUGCUAGUCGUUUGAUCCAGGAACGAACAAACGACUUUAUAAAAUCACAAUCAGGUCCAAAAUGGAAGCGUGAACUUGUCCCCGAUCACAAGUGGGACUAUAUCGACGUGGAAGAAUUCCGCAAGCACUCAUGCUAUGUAGGCUUAAGAUACCUGUUACUAUACUGCGCGAUCAUAUUGUCCGCUCUCGCCUACUUUGCCGAUUUAUGGACUGCAGGUCUCUUACUCUCCGACACAUGGUCGUUAGCAGAAGAGCCAAAGAUCCCAUUCUACAUUAGUAAAUGGAUUUUCGUCGCAUGUAUCAUUCUUUCUUUCCUGCUACUCGCUUGGGACGUGUACAAAUGCCGGGCCGUACUAGCAACGCGCGAUAUCUCGCUUGGAGCAACCAACACCAUGGCGUAUCGUUAUUAUUCAGUUCGGAACUAUGCAAAGUUCUGCUUGUUUCGCAAGAUCAACGACUCCAGAAAGGCCAGCGACACAUGUGCGUUUUUUGUUUUCUACACUCUGAAAGGUUGGAAGAAGCUCUUGUUUGCUCAAGGUCCUCGUCAGAUCAUUGCCGGUGUGACACUUUAUGCCAUGUUGCGCUCAGCUUGGACAGCCCAAGGUGGUGGAUUCCAAAUCAGUUCCGACUGGGAAGUCUAUGGUAAAAACUGGCAGCAGCGUGUCGCAUUGAUCUCCAUGAGCUUCACAUGUAUUCUUUGGAUCUUGUCCAUGUUGGAAUUACUUGCUGCCAUUAUUCUGUAUAUUCCCGUGUUCUGUCAGAUCCAAGGCAAUCUAAAGGAGUACUGCUGUCAUAAAAUAGAUAAGCGCAUCGCUGAACUACUUGAAAAGCAACGACGAAAACGGAUGCGAGACCAAGAAAGACGACUUGCCAAAAAGAAUGGUGGCAGUAAAAAUGGCAAGAACAACUACAACAACAGUGCAAAGAAAGGCGGUGACGAGUAUCAAGACAUUUACGACGAAAAUCUACCUUUGCGAUCCGCUGCCGCACCGCCUUCGUUAAGCGACCAGUACAUAGAUGCAAAGAGCGAGAUGGCACCUGUAUAUCACAACGGUUAUCCGGCAUCACCGCGAAGGCCUGCUUAUCAGCAGGAUCCAUAUUCUCACUAUCCCAACGACCAUCAGUCGGGCUAUUUUGAGAUGCAAUCCUACCGUUCUCCAGCUCCUCCAUCAGCACCAACACCAGCUUUGACCCCUCAAUGGAGCAUUUCUACACCUUCCAGCUACCAUACGACACCUCAUACUCCCAUGACCCCCGCACAGCAUCAUUACAGCCCCAAUCAAGCAGCCGGUCCUGCUCCGCCACUGCCGAGAGCUCCGUAUGGAGACGGUGGCUAUCAGCGAAACAACAGCAAUUCAUAUUUCUAG